CAGACGGCUUGACCAGCACAACUUCAAAUCAAACCCAUCCAAAAUUCCAAAUCUCUCUCUCUCUUCUUUCUCUCAAAAAAAUUAAUAAUAUUAUCAAUUAUUAUUAACUUUAAAAUAACCCAUAAAUUAUUUUUUAAAAUUAUAUGAUCUGAAUUUACUCUUUUUCUCUCAACAUCCCAAAACACCAUUGUUAACCCAAGAAAAAGCUAGAAUUUUUCUAGAGAGAGAGUUGGUGGGUGAUACUGUAACUGAUUUAAGUAUUCAGAGAAAAAGAUGCUGAUUUUUUACACCACCAGAAAUGAAAGCUACUCAAGCUUGUGAAGAAAUAGGUAAAGAUUUAAUCCUUUUCUUUUCUUCGUUAAUUUAGGAAAAAAAAAAGUUGAAAAUUUUAGUUGGGUAGAAGGAAAAAUUGGAAAAGAAUGCAAUUCAGCAUUGUUUUUUCUCAACUACCCUUAAUGAUUACCAAGUUUUUUGGGACAAAAAUUGCUUUGUAGAAGACUAACAUUGGAAGUUAGUUGAAAGGAAGAACAAAAAAGAUGUGUAGAUCACUACUCCAUUGCUAUAUUUUGUUGUUAAAAGCUUAAAAAUGGUGAGAUUUAGAAAACCCAAUUUGUUAUUUAUUGUAGAAUUUAUGUUUUUUUGGUGGGUUUUGUUGAGAUUUGGGAGUACAUUUGUUUUGGUUGUGGGUCAACAACAACAAAGGAUUACUUUGCCUUCAGAAAGAAUUGCUUUGAUUCAACUCAGAUCAUCAUUGGGUCUUAGAGCUAAGGAUUGGCCAAUUAAACCUGACCCAUGUACAUUUUGGAGGGGAAUUCAGUGUAAUAAUAAUGGUUCUGUAAUUGGGAUUAAUAUAUCUGGGUUUAGAAGAACUAGAUUUGGUGUUUUAAACCCACAAUUUGCUGUUGAUUCUAUUGGUAAUUUGACCAAUUUAGUGUCUUUUAAUGCUUCUUCAUUUGAACUUCCUGGUCAAAUCCCUAAUUGGUUUGGGCAAAGAUUGGGUAGGUUGCAAGUUCUUGAUCUUCAUUCUUGUUCUAUUAAGGGGUUUAUACCUUUAAGUUUGGGAAAUUUGAGUAGGUUAAAUACUUUGAUUCUAUCUCAAAAUAAUCUUAGUGGUAUUGUCCCUUCUACUUUAAGUCAACUUGUGAGCCUUUCAAUUCUUGAUCUUUCCCACAAUUUGCUUAAUGGGUCAAUUCCAGAUUCAUUUGCCUCCCUUAUGAACCUCUCGUCCCUCGACUUAUCAUCGAAUUUCCUAUCUGGGUCGAUUCCUCGUGGUAUUGGGGUUUUGCAGAAUCUAAGGACCUUGAAUUUUUCCAAUAAUAGGUUUGUGUCUGAUGUCCCACCUCAACUUGGUGAUCUUACUGGUCUGAUUGACCUAGACCUUAGUUUUAAUUCUCUAGGCAGUACGUUGCCUUCGGAUUUGAAGGGGUUGAGGAGUUUGAGAACUUUGGCGGUUGGGAACAAUAAGCUUUUCGGUUCAUUGCCAGAUGGAUUAUUUGCAGAUUUGACCGGAUUGGAGAUUUUGGGUUUGAACGAUAACAACUUUUCGGGUGAUAUUCCUGAUGCAUUGUGGUCAAUUCCUAGGUUGCAGAUUGUUGAUGUUUCGGGAAAUAAGUUUACGGGUAUGCUUCCAAAUGUUACCUUGAAGGGGAAUCAGACUUUUUCUUCGCUUAAUCUCUCGAAUAAUGAAUAUUAUGGGGGUUUAACAUCGGUGCUACAAAGAUAUAGUUCGCUUGAUUUAUCGGGCAAUUACUUUGAGGGAAAGGUUCCGUCAUAUGUGAAUGAUGUUGCAUUCCUAAAUGUUAAUUGUCUCCAAAAUGCUACGGGACAGAGGACGGAGGAGGAAUGUUCCUCGUUCUAUACAUCGAAAGGUUUGGUUUUCGACAAUUUUGGGAUUCCAAGUACAAAUGUUAUUCCGGGUUCAGGGCAAGUGCCUAAGAAGUCGAAUCACAGGCGUACUAUUAUAUUAGCUGCUGUUUUGGGGGGAGUUGGUCUAUUGCUCUUGCUGAUUUUUCUGCUAUUGUUGUUCAUAUGCGCUCGAAGGAAUCGCGGUACAAGGCAAAUAGGGAAUGGUGUGGGUCCGAUCCCUCCGUCUGGAGCUGCGCCACCUUCACCAGGAGUUUCGAUUAAUUUUUCGAGUUUGGGUGAAGGAUUAACUUAUCAGCAGCUACUUGAUGCUACGAAUAACUUUGGUGAUACGAAUCUUAUUAAAAACGGACAUUCCGGUGAUUUAUUCCGUGGUGUUCUUGAAGGUGGUAUUCAUGUUGUCAUCAAAAGAAUAAAUUUGAAUUCGGUAAAACGGGAGUCGUACCUUGUAGAGCUUGACUUUUUUAGUAAAGUAUCACAUCCUAGAUUGGUUCCUCUUUUGGGAUACUGCUUGGACCAGGAAAAUGAAAAAUAUCUUGUGUAUAAGUACAUGCCAAAUGUCGAUUUAUCAAGUUCUUUGUACAGGAAGAUUAGUACUGAUACUGAGGGUUUGCAAUCCUUGGAUUGGAUAACAAGACUAAAGAUAGCAAUCGGAGCAGCAGAGGGUCUAUCGUACCUGCAUCAUGAAUGUACACCGCCCUUUGUUCAUCGGGAUGUACAAGCUAGUAGCAUACUACUUGACGAUAAAUUCGAAGUAAGACUUGGCAGUCUAAGUGAGGUCGGUGUACAAGAAGGAGAUACUCAACCAGGAGUCAUUACAAGAUUGUUGCGGUUGCCGCAGGGCUCCGAACAAGGGCCAUCAGGUUCUCAGGCAUCAAUAUGUGCAUACGAUGUUUAUUGUUUCGGUAAAGUGUUGCUCGAGCUAGUCACAGGUAAACUAGGCAUGAGUGCAUCGAAUGAUGCCGGCGUGAAGGAAUGGAUUGAUCAAACAUUGCCCUAUAUAAAUGUAUACGACAAAGAACUCGUGAUGAAAAUUGUGGACCCCUCUUUGAUAUACGAUGAGGACCUAUUAGAAGAAGUAUGGGCGAUGGCUAUUGUGGCUAGAUCAUGUCUCAAUCCAAAGCCUUCGAGAAGACCGCUCAUGAGAUAUAUUCUUAAAGCAUUGGAGAAUCCAUUAAAAGUUGUACGAGAAGAAAAUGCCGGAUCAGGAAGGCUUAGAACAACAUCGUCUAGAGGUUCAUGGAAUGCUUCGGUAUUUGGAAGUUGGAGGCAAAGCUUGGAUGUCGGUGCUGCCCCCGCAGUACCCGCUUCUCGUAUUGAGGGAACAGGCAGCCUAAAACGGUCGGGAACUUCAGGUUCACAGAACAGCGGACAGGUCGUUGGUGGCGUGGGCGAUAAUUCAUCUUCGCAACAGCGGCAAUCUAGGGAAAUAUUUCCUGAACCUGCUGAUGUGCAUGAUAUAGAAACACCAUAGAAACGAUGAAACGUUAGAGAAAUCGAAAAACAAAAUAGAUUGUUUCACGUCACAUUCUUUGUCAAUAACAUUUUAUGCACCCGCUUAUCUACAUUUCGUGGGAUUCAAGCCAGUUUUGAUGUCGAUUUAUUGAGCUUCCGGAGUUGUACAGCCGUGUUACUCGUGAUUCAGUGAAGAAAGUCCGAGGUUUGAAGGAAGGGAGCUUGAUUUCGUGAGCAAUUUCUGCUUUUAUGCUAACCGUUUGAUCCUCGAAUGCUCGUAAGGCAGCUCGAUCAAAUCCCGACAAGAUUCAUUGAACAAGUUUGUUCGAGUUUGGUUAUGACGAGGAACCCAUGAAGAACAAGCUACUAAAAUUUAUUUUUUCUGUAAUUGAUCGAUUUUCAUUUUCGGGUUCUUGUUGUGAAAGUUGUAAAUUAUUAGUUUAGAACUCUUCUAUGUUUUGUUUUUAGAUUUCUAUUUAUUUUGGUGGGAUUAUUGGGUGCAAAGAAGUGAAAAAAGAAACAAGAAAAACAAUAUAACUUCAUUUUUUACCCUCUUUAUAUCCA